AUGCAACCCACGGAGUCCCACUCGCUCUACACCACCCACCACAAGCGACGCCCGUUUUUGAAGGCGCGCAACGGGAUUGUGCCCCAACAACCCGACCCGAUGAAGUACGCGCAGGGCGAGUUGAAUAUCAAUGAAAAUCCUUAUCUACUGAAUCAAGCUAUUGGCCAAUUCCUGAACAAUCCACAAUGGGUGUCUUCGCAGUACGACGAAUCCAGCUCUUCCUCACGAUCUCCCGAUGGGCAAGAACCGCUUCCGGAGACGUUUCUGUAUCGCCAGGUAGCCCGAGAUCUCGGUACCCGAACCCCGAUCAAACUGGAGCCCCGGUCCGUUGAGAGCAGCUCGGAGAAGGAGAAAGCGCGCAGAAGGCUUGACGAGGCGUUGGCGACACCCUCUUACGCACGAAAACGAACAAUUGCCGAAGCUCUGCAACAGGGCAUCUCCAUUCGUGCAAAAUCACCUGAAGAGCCCGAAAAGCGACAUCUGCCCGAAAUUCAAUUAUCCCCCACGACAAUCUGCCAUAUGGAGUGCAAUUACACGCUGCGAUCCAACGAUCACUUUCUCGUCGACCCCCGCGUGGAAGCGGAAAUUACUAAGGACGCCAUGGAGAUGAUGCACCUGCUGUCCCCGGAAAAUCGAGGAGUCACCGCGUCCGCGCUCUACGAAUAUGACGCGACCCCCGGCUGUCAAGAUCAGGUUUAUUCCGAUACAUAUCCCGUUGAGAAUUACUACACGUACGGCGUUCCGGAAACGGAAUACCAGCCCGAGGCGCUGGUGAUGAACGUUCACACCGGUGAUAUUUCUGAGCCGAUGAUUGCCACGCCUUCCCCAGUCAUUUCGACGCGGCCUAUGCAAGUGGACCAAGGAAUGGGCCACAAUGAAGCCGAUUUUUACGCGCAGCCAUUUAUUCAGCAGGCUAUCGCUUCGGACCAUCAGUAUUAUCAGGGAUUUGUUGUGCCCGAACAAAAAGCGAUCCAUGUGACGCAACGCCGGCCCGCAAAAACGCAACCUCAAAACGCUUCCACCUCUGGACCAUCAAAGCCGCGCGCAAAACCGCGGCCCGCAAAGCGCGCCCCUGCAGAAGACCCGUUCAAAGCCUACCCCUCGCAAAAAGCCGCCGAACCCCCAACGUCAGUCAAGCUCCGCGAGCAAGCCGAAGAUUUCCCGGAGUCCAGCUACCAAUCUUCAAUCCAGCGCGUUAUCUCUCAAGGUCAACUGGAUUAUGAGGGCUUCCAAGAAAAUCAAGCCCCGGAAGCCGCGAAAGCGCGGCUAAAAGCAGAACUUCAGCCCCGGCUCUACCCAGUGCGUCGCCAGCCUCCCAAUCAAGUGGUGGAACGACCAAAGUAUCGUGUGCUCAAGCGGAAACAAACUCUGGCUCCAGCUGAAAAUUUAGGCGAUGAUUACCAAAUUCCGCCCAGGGACGUUCCUUCAGCAACGAGCCGGCCUGUGGCGAGGAUUCGGCCUACUUCGGUGCGGAAGACGGAACCUACACAAGUUGCAGCGGAUCAAGAAGAAGUGAUUUUUCGCGGGAUCGAACACGCCGAGGAACCGCCGCUAAAGAAGCCGAAAGAAACGCAUGCGGGCGGAACCCCAGAUCCAGAGAACCUGCCGGUUGGCGCGGUAUUGAAACGCCUUUAUCACGAAAAUCCCUCGCUUUUGGAGAAGGCGACCGAGGACCGAAUUGCCGCCGCGCUUGACCAAGCUGAAGGAACGCCUUCACUUCAAGGACUUCGAGAAGAACUAUGGGAUGGCGAGGGUGGAGAUAGCCCGAAGGGAAGCCGCGCUGAAAGCUCGCUGCUCGUGCUGACCAACAAGUUCCUGGAGUUGCUCUGCAAUAAUGAGAAAGUAAACCUCAACGAUGCGUGCGAUUACUUGGGUGUGCCAAAACGGCGACUCUACGACAUUACCAACGUGCUCGACGGCGUCGAUAUGAUCACAAAGGCUGGGAAGAACGAGAUUUCCCUGACGAACCCAGCAAUGAUGCGCGAGUUGAUGAAAGGUGAAGAGGAGGUUCGGGAUAGCAUGGAAAAGAAAAAGCAAAUGGAACAGUAUCGCCAAGAGCUGAUCAACGAGGCAAACUAUCUGGACGACGUGGUGCGAUCGCUCACCUCGACGCUAAAGUUGACCAAGGAGAACCCAGUGUCGAAAAAUUACUGCUACUUCACGAACCAGGAAAUCGCUAGCUUCUUGCCGCCCGGUGAAGUGAUGUUCGUGGUGAAUGGGGGAAAAGGGGAUCGUUUGACGCACCAGUUGGCCCGUUAUCCGCCGAACACCUAUUACGUGACAAGUGAGGGUGGCAGUGCUUUGACGUUGAAGGAAAUGUACGCGCCAUCAACCUCAACCGAGCCCGUCUUUCCGGCGGAGGAGCAGCCGGAGAUCAAGCCGAAUGUGGAUCACCCUGACGACGUCUUUGCGGUCCCACAAUACCCGGCUCGUCCCAACAGAAACAGUCAAUCUCUAGACGGGGAGGUGGAUAAUACAAUCAACCCGAUGUUCUCCGACCUUGGCUACAAGAACCAUUACACUGUCAAAUCGACGAUGGAUGCUAUCCCGUCGACCUCGGCGAUGGGAGUUGACGAACCAUCAACUUCAACGGCCGGCCUGGACGAGGUGGUGAUGCCGCCGCCAUCGGACAUUCGAACGCCAUUCGCCUCUCUGCCCGUCAUCACCCCAUCGAAGCUGUUCUCCCCAGACGGCUACAGCAGCUAUCUAAAUUCCCCUCUGAAGACGCUUCUCGACAACGGGAUGCCGAACCCGCACAUGACGCCCGGUUCGAUCAGCCUCGACGACCUCGAGAUCCCGCACCUGACGCCCGGCUCGCAGUUGACGCUCGACGCGCUCUACGAAGAAAACGUUUGGACAUUCCUCGACAAGCCGAUCGGCGACGGGGAA